UUCCAAAACAAGUUAACAUCAACCUCUGACCCACUAACGAGUGGGAUCAAGUUACUCUUCAGUUUCUCUGUCAUUAGUCGCAUCUUGUCUCUCUUUCUCAAAACUUGUAUAAACAUGGAUAUGUCGCUGUUGACUUUGACUCAGCCGUUGGUUUGACUGUUUCCACAACCUGCUUUUCUUCUUCCACUACCUUCCUCGGGUGGAAGCGCUCUCACUUUCCGGGACAUUGGUGUGAGGCUGUGCCCGGCAGACAGAGCAGAGAUGUCGGGGAGCGGCGGUUCAACUGACGGUCUCCUCUCUUAUGAAACGCUGGUUCAUGCCAUGGCAGGUGCAGCGGGGAGUGUGACCGCCAUGACCGUCUUUUUUCCUUUGGACACGGCCAAAAGCAGACUGCAGGUGGAUGACAAGCGAAAGGCAAAGACCACACCCGUCAUCCUGGCUGAAAUAGUGAAAGAAGAAGGCCUUCAGUCUCUGUACAGAGGCUGGUUCCCGGUCAUCUCCAGCCUUUGCUGCUCCAACUUUGUCUACUUCUACACCUUCAACACGCUGAAGAAGCUGAUGGCUGCUGGUCCAGGAAAGUCCAGACCUGGUAAAGACCUGCUCAUGGGGAUCGUAGCAGGAGUGGUGAACGUGGUCCUGACCACUCCCAUGUGGGUGGUCAACACUCGACUGAAGCUGCAAGGGGUGAAGUUCAGAAAUGAAGAUCUCCACCAGACGCACUACAGGGGCAUAUUUGAUGCUUUCUCACAGAUCAUUUCCAACGAGGGAGUACGAACUCUGUGGAACGGCACUCUGCCCUCGCUCAUCCUCGUCCUCAACCCGGCUGUACAGUUCAUGUUCUACGAAGCCAUGAAGAGGAAAGCGGGCAAAGGAGGGAGGAAGAUCUCCUCAGCACAGAUCUUUCUCAUCGGAGCUAUCGCCAAGGCCGUUGCCACGACAGCAACGUAUCCUCUUCAGACGAUUCAAGCCAUCCUGAGGUUCGGUCAGUACAAAGGCGACGGAGAGGGCGGCGUGACUGGAAGCCUCUCAAACAUUUUCUCCAUGUUCAUGGAGAGGGUUAAGAGGAACGGUGUCCUCGGUUUGUACAAAGGCCUGGAGGCCAAGCUGCUGCAGACGGUGCUGACGGCCGCCCUCAUGUUUGUCGUGUACGAGAAGAUCACUGCGGCUACAUUCAAAGUCAUGGGUCUAAGUAAGAAACUGAAGCAGUGAACAUGCACCUAGGAUUAAUGCAUUUGUUCAUUGGUGAGCUUUCUUGACACAGGCGUGUAAAAUGUAAAAAAAAAGAGGGAUGGAAUCAAUGCCUUUAAUGCUACAUACCUCUCUUUCUCUCCCUCUGUCUCGUUUUUAACAUUUAACUUGGCUCCACUUGUGCAGACUCACCUUGAUUAUAUCUCCCAGCAUCGUGUUCUCACAGGAGCUGAAAUUGUCAUUGUAGCUUUUCAACUAAACCACAUACUUGCUGAGAAUGUCUGUUCCUGACAUGGACCAGUCUGUGUGUCUGCUAAACCUUUAAAGGAGAAGCAGUGCUGCUAAUAACUUUAACUUUAAUUUGCACAAUUUUACAGAGAUUAAUUCACCUAUGAUUCUAAUAAGUAGAUAAACAUUCUGCCUCAUGUGCCAUUACAUGUUUUGUAAAGAAAACUUUUGGGGAGAGUCGAAUGUUAAGCUGAACGCCACUCUUGACUUGGUCCACACCUGGUUAUUAACGUCUGUCCUGAGUGAUCCCAUCAAUCAAACAUGUCAUUCAAAUGAGAAUGAGAAUAAUGAUCGUUUGAAAUAAUCGCAAUUUGAUAUUUAUAUAAAAUUGUUCAGCCCAAGGGUCAGGGAAGCCCAAAUCCGAUCACAGGUGGUCACAAGAGACGCAUUUUAAUGUCAGGCACGUACGCUGUCUGCAUAUAAUAGGAUUAGUGAGAACAGAUGUUUUUUCUCCACAUCAUUUGGUUCUUCAAAAUGUGACACAUCCACUUGCAAUAACCACUCAAUUUAGUUUUUGCAUACUGUUUCAUGCAAAGUUGCGUUUUAUCACAUAGUUCAGUACAUCAAGCACAAGAAAACCUCAGGAAAGAAGCAACAAUUUUUUUCAUCAUCAAUGCAUCUGACAGCGGAUUGCUUCAAUGACUGGUCAGUUUACAUUAUGUAAUAGGAUAAAGUGGGAAAAGCUGCAUAAUUAUAUAUAUAUAGAUAUAUGUAUAUAUUAUGUAUCCAUAUAUAUUUUAGAUCAUUUUCUGCUAGAUAAAGGUUCAGUUCCAGAUUCACCUGAGCAUUACCAUGUGACACCUAUCAAAAUAUGAAUUACUCUGUGUCCUAUCACGAGCAUCAGGAAGUCAAUGCAUGGAUUUUUCUCUUCACGUUAUAUAUGUUAGAAAAUAGUGGCUCAGUGGCCACAUCAUUGUACCUUCAAGGCCAAGUAAAUGAAGUCAAACUACUUUGUUAUAGUUGUUGUCUCAGAGAAAACAAGGGAAACAAUCACAUUUGUUUUUCUAUAAAGUUUUAAAACCAAAUUGGUUAAUUUUCUGACAUAUUUGAUUACUUUUCAUUACAUUUGUAGAGAACUGUUUGGCUGUUUGAGCUGUGGGGGCGUUACUAAAACUGCAUUUCAUAUCAGCGACAUACAUUGCAAUGACACAUUGCAACUCUCUUGUUUAGUUUAAGUACAACAAAUGUCAACAUAAAAAAUACUGGAGACACUCCAGGGAUUUUUGGGGCGUGAACCAAGAAAAUAGUCUGGUUUAUAAUCCUAUUUAAAUUUGCAAUAACUCAUAAUCUGCAAAUGUACAUGUCAGUGGAUUCUGUGACUUUUUUUUUGUGCCUCAUUCUCUCGGCAAGGAAGCGAAUGAGAUGUCAACUUUUUCUUAAAGGAUGUGACCAAUUGAUUUUUUUCACUGGAUCAUUCCUCAUACACUCCGUCUUCCAGUUAACCGUGCUAUUAAUUUGAUUUGAUGUUUUUGCAAGAUAACAAAUGAAAUGUGAAAUUACC